AUGCCAGGGAGGUCUUCUCCGCCCAAGCCCGGUCGUCGCUUCGUCUCGGGCUUCACCCUCUGCGGGCCCAUGAUGAGGGCGCUCCCGACCGGCCGCUGGUCGUCGAGGACUCGUAUGUUCUCGGGGCGGGACGAGGAAGGCGGCUUGCUCCGGUUCGCAACCGAACAAGCCGUGGCCAGCGUGGCCCGGUACUACCAUCACGAAACGGCCAAGGUCAACGGCGUCGCCGACGGCGUCCUGUCCAAUGUCGGAAAGGGCAUGGACACCCCGGCAGCUGCAGGCUCAUCUUCGACCUUGGGCUGGUGCUGCUAG